AUGGAGCUGUUUUUGGAUAAGGGGGCCGAUGUUGGCCAACUCAGUGAGGCAGGCUGGGGGACGGCAUUGCAUGUUGCCUGUCAUGAGGGUACAGUCGAGACAGUUCGUUUACUGCUCGAUAACGGUGCUGAUGUGAAUGCAGCAGGCGGUACGUUCGGCACGCCUCUGCAAGCCGCAGUCACUUCCAGCUGGGAGCUCAUGCUGGAGAUUGUACGUCUGCUCUUGGACCGAGGCGCCGAGAUCAACAAAAGGGGCGGAAAGUACGGAACUGUCUUCCAGGCUGUCUGCGUCAAUCCAGAUGUCGACGUGGAGCUGCUCCGCUUGCUGCUUGAACACGGGGCGGAUAUCACUGCAGAAGGGGGACACUACGGUACUAUACUUGCUGCCGCCUGUGGCAAUCUCGAGAUGGGCCUGGAAAGUGUACGUCUACUGCUGGGUAAUGGCGCUGAUGUCAACGCACAAGGGGGCCUGUACGGAACAGCACUCAUAGCUGCCUGCAGUCGUGGACACGUUGGAUUGGUGAGGCUGCUGAUCAACCGUGGCGCUGAUGUGAAUGCUAAAGGCCCACGGGGCCAGACAGCUCUCAUGAAGGCUUGUUCACAAUUGAGCAGCGAAGCUAUAAAAUCGUCGUUGCUACUUGAACACUGCCCCGAUAUUGACGUCAAUGCUCAAGGCGGAAGAUUCGGCUCGGCACUUCAGGCAGCCGCGUUUUCGGGCCAGGCCGAAUCAGUCAAACUAUUGCUGGAUAAAAAGGCCAAUGUUAAUGCGGCAGGCGGAGAAUAUGGCAGUGCCUUGAAUGCUGCCAUCAUCAGCGGCUAUUGGGAUAUUGUUGAGAUUCUACUACAAGCGGGGGCUACACCUGAUUGUCACUUACAGCAACAGCCUGAUGAAGAGUGGCUUGAAAAGAUUCGAGGGGAGCACGAAGACGGUGCUGUGGAAAGGUAUUUGAAGUUUUGGGAGUGUCAGAGCAAAUCUACAUAAUUUAAAUAGCUAGGUCUAAAUACAGUUAAGCUAGGCU